UGUUUCAGUUUGGUGCUUAAACGUGUUGCGCGUGCUUCGAAUCGUUGUGCAGCGCAUUCGUGAAAUCGCAAUUCGGCCAAGUUGUCAAAUCUGACCGCAUAAUACACAUACAGUCAAAUACUAUAAUUAAAACCAAUCAUUCAAAGUCCUUCUGCAGAAAAAUACUCUAGGUUAAUUUAGACAAUCGCGCCUUAAUAAAAACAUUAAUUUAAAAAGUGCGUGCCCCCCGUCGCAUAUACAUAUGUACAUAGAAAAAUUGUUUUAAGGCAAAAUAUAAAUCUUCAAAAAGUAGUCAAAAUGUUAGCCAAAUGGACCAUAUCGAAUUGGGAGUUUAAUCGUCUAAUUGGAGUUAUUGUUGUUGCAUUUAUUUUGGACUCAACAGUAGUUCAAGCUGUGCGCAUAGGUGCUCCACAACAAAAGCAACGUAUUAAAGACAAGCAACCGGAUCAAACGUCCGCCGGGUCUUACUGGCAACAGCACGUUGCCGCUCCCAGCAGUUCGACGCCCUUCGACUCACCCUUUUACUCAGCAACGCAUGGCCUUGUGCAGACAUACCCAUCGCUUGCGGCAGGCAUUCCACGCCCAGUACCCCUCAACACCAAUAGUUUAGGUAGCGGAACACCCGUCAACAGCAACCCGUCACUGACCGCUGGAAGCGGUUAUCUUAACUCUCGUGGAACUCUGCCCAGUUCCGCUCGAUACCCAGCUAAUAAAAUUAGCGGUACUGUAGUCGAACCUAAUCCCAAGUCACCCUUUCGCCACUUGGACUUUUCCACAAGCGCAACCGCUGAGCUGCGUCGCAAUCCUGCACUAUCCGCACCCGAUGAGUGUGCACGUGCCUGCCGAGAGGGCGAACCUCCUAGGAUCUGUUAUUACCACUUCACCUUGGAGUACUAUACUGUGCUAGGGGCAGCCUGUCAAGUAUGCACUCCCAAUGCCACAAAUACAGUUUGGAGUCAUUGCCAAUGCGUCCUGGCGGAUGGCGUAGAGCGAGGCAUUCUCACAGCCAAUCGAAUGAUUCCGGGCCCCAGCAUUCAAGUGUGCGAGAAUGACAAGGUUGUUAUUGAUGUGGAAAACCAUAUGGAGGGAAUGGAAGUAACCAUUCACUGGCAUGGAAUUUGGCAACGUGGAUCGCAAUACUACGAUGGUGUGCCUUUCGUUACACAGUGUCCCAUUCAGCAGGGUAAUACAUUCCGAUAUCAGUGGACAGGCAAUGCCGGAACGCAUUUUUGGCAUGCACACACUGGUCUCCAGAAACUUGACGGCUUAUAUGGCAGUGUUAUAGUACGCCAACCACCGUCCCGUGAUCCCAACUCGCAUUUGUACGACUUUGACCUUACCACUCACAUUAUGCUAAUCAGCGACUGGUUGCAUGAGGAUGCUGCUGAAAGAUAUCCAGGGCGUCUCGCGGUUAACACAGGUCAAGAUCCUGAAUCCAUGCUAAUAAACGGCAAAGGGCAAUUCCGCGAUCCAAAUACAGGGUUUAUGACUAAUACUCCGCUCGAAAUAUUCACUAUCACGCCUGGUAGACGCUAUCGUUUCCGGAUGAUUAAUGCAUUCGCCUCGGUUUGCCCAGCACAAGUGACUAUUGAGGGACAUGGCAUGACGGUGAUAUCAACUGAUGGUGAACCCGUGCAUCCGGUUAAUGUCAACACAAUUAUUUCAUUCUCAGGUGAGCGUUACGACUUUAUCAUCACUGCCGAUCAACCUGUGGGUGCUUAUUGGAUUCAACUGCGAGGUCUUGGAGAGUGUGGCAUUCGGCGAGCACAACAGCUUGCUAUUCUCCGUUACGCAAGAGGUCCUUACCAGCCAUCCUCAUCACCGCCGACCUAUGAUGUCGGCAUUCCCCAGGGAGUGGUUAUGAACCCUCUGGACGCUCAAUGUAAUCGAGAACGCAACGACGCAAUCUGUGUUAGUCAAUUGAAAAACGCCCUUGAAAUAGAUCGUGGAAUACUAGCGGAGAAACCAGAUGUGAAGAUAUUUCUUCCAUUCCGUUUUUUUGUCUACCGUGCGGAAGACCUAUUCCAGCCUAAUACUUACAAUCGAUUUUUGGUGGCACCAACGGGAGAUCAUGUAAUUUCUCUAAUCGAUGAAAUAUCGUAUUUGUCUGCGCCGGCUCCCCUCACAUCCCAGUUUAAUGAAAUUAAUCCAGAACAGUUUUGCAACGGAGACAAUCGCCCAGCUGAUUGUGGACCUAAUUGUAUGUGCACCCAUAAAAUUGACAUACCUCUAAAUGCAAUUGUUGAAGUGGUUUUGGUGGAUGAAGUACAACAACCUAACUUGUCGCAUCCUUUCCAUUUGCAUGGCUAUGGAUUCAGCGUAAUUGGAAUUGGCCGAUCGCCAGAUUCCACAGUCAAGAAGAUUAACCUGAAGCAUGCACUUGAUCUAGAUAGGCGCGGUCUGCUGCAUAGACAAUAUAAUCUGCCACCUACUAAAGACACUAUUGCUGUACCUAACAAUGGAUACGUUGUUCUCCGCUUCAGAGCUGAUAAUCCCGGCUUUUGGCUCUUCCACUGCCAUUUCCUAUUUCACAUCGUAAUUGGCAUGAACCUAAUACUACAAGUUGGCACCAAUGCCGAUCUACCUCCCGUGCCCCCAGGGUUUCCUACGUGUGGCGAUCACACUCCCCCCAUUCCAAUAAACUAAGACUAUGCCCAGAAUUUGUCAGCUCUACACCACACAGAAAAACACAUAAUCAAAACGUAAAAGACCUGCCUACAAAUGACCAGAUUGUACAAAGAGUUAAUAGUACAGCCUAUAAUGUAUGUAUGUAUGUAUGUAUUUGUUGUAAUACUUUCUUUAAACACAGCAUCCUCCAAAUGAAAUCACACUGUAUAAUACCGUUCACACUCCGCAUAAGCUUGCCAUAAGGUGCAUGCAUGUUUGCACUUUAUAUGAAAAUUGCAU